AAUAUGGCAUCCGUCCAGCACCUGAUUGGAAUAGGGUGGGCCAGUGCCCGCAGCUGGAACUGGUAUUAGGGUGAACUGAACUUCAGACACUUGGACACUUCAACUAUAGGAAAUGGUGUCAUUAUAUGAUAGGUGUAAUUUCAAAUCUCUCUCUCAAGAGACUUCCUGGUCAAAGAAAGGUAAAAUAAAAUUCGAAAAUAGAAAACCAAACAGAGCAACACACAGAAAGUGGUAUGCAUUUGGAGAUGUCUGUUAUGCUGAAGCCUCUGAGAUGUCGAAAUAACUUGCGGUUACCAAAGGAAGCACAGAGGCAGAGAUGAAGACCAGACUCUCAACUUGAAACUCCUCCAGAGUUAAAAACUGUCUCAAGGUCCAAGGUCUUGACACACACACACACACACACACACACUUCUUUAAAAACCUAGUCACUACAGGAACACUGAGACAUUACCCUCCCCUUUAAAAAUCCCUUCAGCCACGGGAGUGUAGGGACACACCCCUCCACUUUAAAGUUUGGCCCCUUUAAAAAGCCAGUCUGAAACAACAAGAGCAUCUCACCUCUGCUACUGGGACUCUUCUUUCAAUAUACCCCACAAAGACUUACAGCAUCUGUCAGUCUGUCGGUCCAUCUAUCAGUCAGCACCAGGGGUAUUCUAAAUAGAUAGCUGCUUCAGUGAUCCCUGUCUGUAGGACCAGGUCUUUUGUGCAGCAGCUGUGACCCCAGACCCAGCCUGGGUUAUCAGGGCUGGUUUGUGCUGAAGGCUGAAGGCUGAAGACUAAAGGAUACUUCUGAGGAUGGGGGUGUGGAUCAGAGAAGUGCUCCUCUCGCUGCUGAUGCUACAGUUGGCUAGGACUGUCACAGCACAAGGCAUAGUGUACGACCUGCUGGUGUCUCCAGACUGCCUGCCUGACCUGACGCAGGGAGGGCUGAAGAACAAAGGUCUGGAUGAGGCCUUCCUCCUCUCCUCCUUCAGGCUCCACAGCAAAUCCCCCUCUCAUCUCUACAGCAUCAUCAAUCCCAGAGACAACAGCAAGUACCUGGACUUCACCCUGCAGGCCAAACUCAACAAGGUGACGGUCCGUUACCAGAAGACUGAUGGUAGGGCUGGCACCACCAGUUUUAACCACCCUUCUCUGGCGGACGGCAAAGAGCACCAUGUGAUUAUCCAUGCCAGUGGUCUGCAGAGAGGACCAGGUCGUAUGGCAGUCUACGUAGACUGUAGACUGGCUCACAUCAUAGAUGAGCUGCCAGCUGCCUUUGGGUCGCUGACACCUGGACCCAACAGGGUGGCUCUUAGGACCCUGCAGCCCACUGGGCAGGAUGAGUUGACAGACCUGAAGCUGGUAAUAGAGGACACCUUAGAUAACGUCGCUACGCUCCAGGACUGCAGCAUGCAGCAGAGCGAGUCUCUGGGUACUAUUCAGCUACUGGGCCUCCAGUCAGGCGGUCAGGAUCCGUCUCAGAUGUUGGAGCUCAACAAGAUGAUGUCAGAGAUGAAGGACCUGCUCCUCCAGCAGAUUAUGGAGACCACGUUUCUUAGAAACACCAUCUCAGAGUGUCUAGCCUGUGGUCUGGGUGGCAACAUGGCAUCAGGCCCAGGUACAGGUGCAGGGUCCGGCACAUCCCAGUGUAGUCCAGGUGUGUGUUUCAAUCAGGACAUGUGUAUCCUGGCCGAGGGAGGAGGCUUCACCUGCACCCCCUGCCCUGACGGAUACACUGGAGACGGAGUUCACUGUGACAACGUGGACGAGUGUCAGUUUAACCCCUGCUUCCCUGGUGUGAGGUGUGUAAACACGGCUCCUGGGUUCCGCUGUGAGAGAUGUCCUCUGGGAUACACUGGUCCUGAGAUCAAUGGAGUGGGCGUCACCUACGCACAGUCACACAAACAGGUGUGUUAUGACAUAGAUGAAUGCCAGGGUCCUCCUGACAACGGAGGCUGCACUGCCAACUCUCACUGUCACAACACUGUGGGGUCGUUCCACUGUGGAGAGUGUGAAAGUGGGUUCCCCGGGGACCAGGUGAGGGGCUGCAGGAGGGAGAGGCUCUGUGGGAACGGCCAGCAAAACCCCUGUGACAACAACGCACAGUGUGUAGUGGAGAGAGACGGGAGCAUCAGCUGCCAGUGUGACAUAGGGUGGGCAGGUAACGGCUAUGAGUGUGGGAAGGACACAGACAUCGAUGCUUACCCUGACGACAAGCUCAGGUGCAGAGACAACAACUGUAAGAAGGACAACUGUGUGUUUGUUCCGAACUCUGGUCAAGAGGACGCAGACAGGGACGGACUCGGGGAUGCCUGUGAUGAUGACGCUGAUAGUGACGGCAUCAUUAACAUACAGGAUAACUGUUGGCUGCAUCCUAACGUGGACCAAAAGAACAGCGAUAAGGAUCUCCAUGGCGAUGCAUGUGACAACUGCUUGACGACGGAGAACCCUAACCAACGGGACACGGACAAGGACGGGCUAGGAGACGACUGUGACGAUGACAUGGAUGGAGACGGCGUGAAGAACAUUCUGGAUAACUGCCAGCGUGUGCCCAACCCAGACCAGAGGGACCGAGACAACGACAGGGUGGGAGACGCCUGUGACAGCUGUCCAGACAUGGUCAACCCCAACCAGUCAGAUGUUGAUGAUGAUCUUGUAGGAGACACGUGUGACACCAACAUAGACAGUGAUGGGGACGGUCACCAGAACACUAAGGACAACUGUCCUACAGUAAUCAACUCCUCCCAGCUGGACACAGAUAAGGAUGGACAGGGAGACGAGUGUGACAAUGAUGAUGACAACGACGCUAUCCUGGACGAAGCAGACAACUGCAGACUGGUGGUCAACCCUGACCAGACAGAUGAGGACAAUGAUGGUGUGGGUGAUGCGUGUGCAGGGGACUUCGACCAGGACAAGGUGAUUGACAGGAUAGACAACUGUCCAGAGAAUGCUGAGGUCACCCUGACCGAUUUCAGAGCCUAUCAGACGGUAGUACUGGACCCUGAGGGCGACGCCCAGAUUGACCCCAACUGGGUGGUCCUCAACCAGGGUAUGGAGAUAGUUCAGACUAUGAACUCUGAUCCUGGCCUCGCUGUAGGCUACACAGCGUUCAGUGGGGUGGACUUUGAGGGGACGUUCCAUGUCAACACGGUGACUGAUGAUGACUACGCAGGCUUCAUCUUCGGCUACCAGGACUCUUCUUCUUUCUACGUGGUCAUGUGGAAACAGACUGAACAGACCUACUGGCAGGCUGUACCCUUCAGAGCUGUGGCGGAGCCUGGCAUUCAGCUCAAGGCAGUGAAGUCUAAGACGGGUCCCGGGGAGUAUCUUAGGAACUCCCUGUGGCACACAGGAGACACCAACGACCAGGUACGCCUGCUGUGGAAGGACAAGAGGAACGUGGGCUGGAAGGACAAGGUGUCCUACCGCUGGUACCUACAGCACAGACCACAGGUUGGAUACAUCAGGGCACGUUUCUAUGAGGGUCCUAACCUGGUAGCAGACUCUGGGGUGAAGAUAGACACCAGUAUGCGAGGAGGGAGACUGGGCGUCUUCUGUUUCUCCCAGGAAAACAUCAUCUGGUCCAACCUCAAGUACCGCUGCAACGACACCAUCCCUGAAGACUACCAGGAGUACAGUGCACAGAACACUGAAUAAACCCACCCGGGAGGGGAGGAGAAGAUUGGGGAGAGGGUGGUUGAGAGGAAAAAAAUAGGAGAAUGGGACAGAGAAGAGAGGAGAGAAAGAUAUGGAGAGAGGAGAUGAGAGAACAAACAGCAUGGUGCAUUUCACUGGGCAUUAUUAGAGGAGUGAAGGGGAGGAUUUUCACAACCAAAUAUAAAAGCAUUGUCAUUACUGCUAGACGUGCGCCUGGGGUGAGGACUGAGGUCUACUCAUCAGGGCAGCAGACUUCCAUACAUUACUUGUUAUUGCUGUGUUGACGUGCUCUGCAGUCUGAACAUACUGUUACUAUUAGAAUAGGUUCAACUAGAAGAUUGAUGAUGAUUGUAGUGUUGUUGUAAACCUGUAUGUGUCUGUUAUCUGGGGAGAGGGUUGGUGUAUCUAGGGGUUAAAACUGUAGUUAGGGUCUCAUUCUCUACCAUUGGAGGAAACAGACAGAGACAAGGGGAAUAGAUUGUUGUUUUGACUGGCCUUACAUUAAAACACACCUGGACAACCAAUGUCCAUCAAACGCUACAUUCCAUACAUGUGUUAUAUAUAUACUUUUUUUUGUUUAGUUAAUCUAUGAAUAAACAUAC